ACGUCACACUUGACGCGCCAACUGCGACGAUUUUCGACGCCUUUCGUUGCGCAAACGCCAAAUAGAUAUCAGCCCUACGCUGCUCCGUAUUGCGAAAAAAAAUUUAGUGCGAAAAGGGGUUCGUCUGUUUCGUUCAAGGGCACGGAUCUUCGAUACCGCAACAAUGAAGAUGCAGGGGACGACUAUGACCAGCUUGAAGAAGAAUCCAGCUCUAUUUCCACUGUACCUUUGCAUAGCUGUAGGAGGAGCUGGCGCAUUGUUUUACACGUUACGUUUAGCACUUCGCAAUCCUGACGUCUCCUGGCUCAAUAAGAAGGAGGCCGAGCCAUGGAAUUACUAUAAAGAUAAACAUUACAAGUUUUACGCUUCGAGCCAGGAAGUGAAAGACCUUAAAAGUCCAGCACCUGAAUAUUGAGAUGCAACAUGUAAACUAGUAUUUGUUGUAGGAAUAAAUUGUUAUAAAAUACUA